UUCUUCUUUUUUGUAAUAUUUUAUUUGUGUUCCUUUGUUUUUUUAAAUUCAUUUUUAUUUUAUCUCAUAUUCUCGAACGUAAAUUGCGUGUGACUUUGAUCUUUCUAUUUUUCUAAUUUGUUCCAGAUUCUUCUUUUUAUAUGGGCUAAUCCAAAGCAUUUAAAUCUUUUCUUUCCUUACUCCAGAAAAUUUCUUCAAUAUCACUUGGGUUUUUCUUCUUUUUUGGCUCCUGCAAUUGCUGUUGGAUUUGCUGCUGCUUUUUGAUUCAUCUUUGGGCCUCGCCUUUGACUAAAUUCCCUUUUCGAUCUCCAUUCUUGGUUGCAGAAGAAGAAGAGAGGUAGAGAUGGGUGAAGCUCUGGAUACAAGGUAUUGGUGUUACAUGUGCUCUCAAAUUGUGAACCCUGUAAUGGAAGUUGAGAUCAAAUGCCCAUUCUGCGAAAGCGGUUUUGUGGAAGAAAUGGAUAACAGUAACGAACACGAGAGCGAUGCCGAUCCGGGUUCUGACCGAGCACUCUCUCUUUGGGCUCCGAUCUUGCUCGGAAUGAUGGGUGGUGGUUCUCGGCGUCGAAGAUUCAGAAGAGAAGAAGACUACAGUAGUCAACAGGGAGAGUCGGAACAAGACAGGGACUUGGAAUCCAUCAUCAGGAGGAGGAGGAGAAGCUCGGCUGCCAUCCUCCAAUUGCUUCAGAGCCUUCAUGAUGGGAUCACAUCCGAAUCGGAUAGUUCAGAAAGUAAUAGGGAAAGAGAGAGAGAUCAUGAGCGUGUUAUCCUAAUAAAUCCUUUCAACCAGGCAGUAAUUCUGCAGGGCUCCUUCGACCUGAACCAAUCUGAUAGCCAAAGUCAGAGCACUCCUGGUUCUUUGGGUGACUACUUCAUUGGACCUGGUUUGGAUCUAUUGCUACAGCAUUUGGCAGAGAAUGAUCCCAACAGAUAUGGAACCCCACCUGCAAAGAAAGAGGCAGUUGAAGCAAUGCCUACUGUGAAAAUUAAGGACAACAUUCAGUGUUCGGUAUGCUUAGAGGAUUUUGAAAUAGCUGCAGAAGCUAAGGAGAUGCCGUGUAAGCAUAGAUUUCAUAGUGGGUGUAUUCUGCCUUGGCUGGAGCUUCAUAGUUCUUGCCCAGUUUGUAGGUUUCAGAUCCCGGCUGACGAAUCCAAGCUUGAUUCAAAUUCAUCCGGGAAUAAUAGGGAUAACGAGGUUCAAAACGGCGGUGGCAGCAGUGGCCAUGGCAGUGAUCGAAGUGGUGGAGAGGAAAGUGAAGGGGGAAAUGGGAAUGGGAGAAGGUUUUGGGUUCCUAUUCCAUGGCCUUUCAAUGGGUUGUUUUCUUUUUCAGGAUCUCAGAGUGGUGUUAAUGCUUCCUCAUUCAUCUUCAUCUUCAUCUUCCACUGGGGGUUCGCAAAGUGCUUCUCGAACAGAUGAUAACUGAAGAGUACUCGUAUCAUGUAGUAUAGAUUAUCUUCUUUUCCUUCAUCCUUC